GCUCCCUUAUUGGUCAGUGGCUAUCACUUGUUAAAUACUAUGCCAAUUAGAGUAUGUCUUAUUCUUUUGUCCCUUUUUUUGUCAUUGGUUGGUUUACGAGCAACAGCGGAAUUGAACACAGUUUGGCCAAAUCGAGAAGACAAAAACGGUGUUUACUUUUGCAAUAAUAGUUGAUUCAAGAUGAGUCAAGAAGUACGGAGUCCAAGCGGAAGUGCUGCUAGCUUUCUGAGCGGCCAACGAUGGAACCGAAAAUGCCCUCAACUAGUCCACUGGACGGAGGACACUUUAAGUCAUGAUGACGAUGUGAGUGAAGAGACUUGCAAACCAGCAAGAAAGAUGACGUCCACACCAAACCAUGCAGAUGUGCUUGAACCUGGUACAUUCUCAUUGGAAGAUGAGGAAGAAGACAAAGACCCUUUCUUCUGUGUGACUGACAUGUCACUCUCUGAGUACGUGUUGUCAAAUGGAAAGCUCAUUUUGGAGAAGACCGAGGAAACUGGGAUUGGUGUAGAAAGUGAAGCCUGUUCUGAUAAUGUUGUCAAAAAUUCCACUGAAAGACCCACAGCACUGGAAUCUUCAUCUUCCCCUGUGCCAGAUUCAGAGUACCACAAAAAGCACAUGGCAGCCAUUUGCAGUGACAAGUUUGACAGCCUCCUGAAGAUGUGUCCUAAUUUUUACGGCUGUAAGAGCCACAUGGCAGCGUUUGUAAUCGUAAGAGAGGUGUCAGACACAGCUGGCCGUGUAUGUGAUCAGUACCAAGUGGUGGCGCUCGGAGCCGGCUGCUUCAGCUGCACUAAUUGGCUUUGCUUCAACGGCACAAUGCUACACGACUGUCACUCCAUCGUCAUUGCUAAGCGGGCACUCCAUAGGUUCCUCCACAAGCAACUUUUGCUCUUCUUUGAAGCCGACCCUCAGACCAAAGAGUGCUGCAUAUUCGAGAGCAGCACAGAUGGACCACAGCUUCAGCUUAAAGCGAAAACCAGCCUGCACCUUUACACCAAUCAGUGCCCUGAAGGAGCCGCUAAAAACUUCUACUUGGGGGGCUCGGCCCACAACGUUUGGAACCCUCUGAAGCUACAGUAUCACGCCAAGAGCCGGCUGGUUCCGGCCUUCUACCUUGACCCGAGCUACUGGGGUGCCAAAGUCUGUUCCAUGUCAGGCACUGACAAGUUGUGCGUGUGGACCUUCGUAGGGGUACAAGGCGCUCUACUGAGUCACUUCAUCCAGCCGAUCUACAUCACCAGCAUGGUGCUUGGAGGUCAGAAAAUGUUCAACGACCAAUUGGCCGACAUCACUAACGACAAUCUGGGCGAAGGCUGGGAGGACAUCUUGCCUUCGACCUACAAGAAACAGGACAUUGUCUUUCUGCACUGGGACGAGGAGGAGGCAGCAGAGGCAUCGCAGCAGCCUGACGUCCUCAGCGUCAACUGGUGCCUCGGAGACAAAGACAUUGAGGUGGUGGACAGCAGCAAAGGCUUCAUCGACGACAGUUCCCCAUCUGUGAGCGGGCCCGGCUUCUCCAGCAGGCUGUGCAAGCGAGCGCUCUACAGUUACUUCCGGCGAGUGGCCCCGCUGGGUGGACAUGGCUACUUGCUGGAUCUUCCCACCUACCACAGUGUCAAGGCAGAAGCGUCAGUCUACCAGACAGUCAAAGAGCUGGUCAAGCAACACUUCCUUAGCAUCAACGCCGGACCCUGGAACACCAAGAAGCUGGUGGACUGCUUUAGCGCCUGAAGACACUCACUGAGGUUUAGUUCAUGUUAAUCUGUACAACAAGUGUAGAUUUAGUUCAUGUUAAUCUCUACAACAAGUGUAGGUUUAGUUCAUGUUCAUCUCUACAACAAGUGUAGAUUUAGUUCAUGUUAAUCUCUACAACAAGUUAUGUUGGUAAAAAUGAAGUUUCUCUUUUAUGGUUGUUU